AUGUUUGUAUCGCUUAUCAUAAGUAUUUUAGUCUCUUUAUAUACUGUAUUAUUGACUAAACAAUUGAUGUCAAUCAAAGACAAACGUCAAAACUUGAUGAACGAAAUACUUAACGGAAUUAAAGUUUUAAAAUUGUAUGCCUGGGAGGAGGCGUUUAUGGGUUUAGUUGAAAAAAUUAGGACCAAAGAGUUGGACAAAUUUUUUACAUUUGGCAAAUCGUUUAUAGUUUAUGUUGUUUUAAGUUAUACCAGUCCAGCAAUUGUCCAAUUGAUAACCUAUUGUACGUAUGUGGCCAUCAAUCAGGGUGACCAACUGAACCAAAUAAAUGCAUCAAAAAUAUUUGUAUCGCUGGCACUAUUUAAUUUGAUCAGGCAGAUAAUGUUUUCUUUGCCACAAUCGCUUAAUGCAAUUACCUUGAAUAUUAAUCUCAAUAUAAUUGAUGGCCAGUUUGUGGCAAUAGUAGGCAGUGUCGGGUCCGGCAAAAGUUCACUGAUGUCUGCUUUGUUUGGCGAUAUGGAUCUGAUUGGCAGUAAUGGCAAAGUCAAUGUUAGACCAGAUAUUAGUGUAGCCUAUGUUCCACAACAGGCCUGGAUAUUGAACGAUACAGUCAAAGAAAAUAUAGUGUUUGGUAAACCCAUGGAUCGAGUACUGUAUGAUCAGGUGCUCGAAACGUGUGCACUCAGGCAUGAUUUACACCAACUAGCCGACGGCGAUCAGACAGUGAUCGGCGAAAAGGGUGUUAAUCUGAGUGGCGGUCAAAAACAAAGAGUCAGUUUAGCCCGAGCUGUCUAUUCCGGUGCCGAUCUAUACCUACUCGACGAUCCACUGUCUGCCGUGGACAGUCAUGUGGGCAAACAUAUCGUCAGUAAAGUACUCGACUCGAGAACCGGUAUUCUAAGCAAUAAAACCCGUUUAUUAGUAACAAAUCAAUUGUUUGUAUUACCCGAUGUCGACCUAAUUGUUGUCAUAAAAGACGGCAUAAUUACAAGUGUCGGUACUUAUGAUAAUCUAUUGGAAAAUGAUUGUUAUUUUUCCGAAUUAAUACAACAAUAUUUAGCUGAAAGUCCGUACUGUUCACUGGGUUUCCUAUUUUCAAUAAUUGGAUUCAAUGGCCUACUGUUUGGUUCAUCGUUUUGGUUAUCAAUAUUUUGCAACAAUAUUGACAUCAAUACCAGUCAUACACCAUCGCCAUCAUCAUCAUCAUCAUCGGUUGGCACCGGCAGUAUAACUACCGACAGCUACUAUUAUUUAAGUAUUUUUAGUGCCUUUAUUGUCGGCAAUAUUAUUACAGUACUGGCCAGCCGUUUGUUUAUGAUCAACGGUAUACGUCGGGCCUCCAAACGUCUAUUCAGUCGACUGUUGUCGAGUGUAAUGCAUUCACCGAUGAAUUACUUCGAUAGUCAGCCAAUCGGCCGACUGAUGAACCGAUUUGGUAACGACACCGAUUUUAUUUAUAUUAAAACUUCACGACAACUAAAACGUUUAGAAUCGACUACACGAUCGCCGAUAUAUUCACAUUUCGGUCAAACACUGGCCGGUGUGUCCAGCAUUAGGGCCUACGGCUGUACCGAUCGGUUUGUACGGGAAUCCGAUAGACUAGUAGACAUCAAUCAGAUGUGUCUCUAUCCUAAUGUUGUGUCAAACAGUUGGCUACAGAUUUGGUUGACAUCACUCAGCAAUUGUUUGCUAUUUUUUGCCGCACUGUUUGCCGUACUGGGGAAAGGCAGUCUAACCGGCAGCGAUAUAGGACUAUCCCUAUCCUAUGCAAUGUCGUUAACAUUAAUGUUAGAUUAUUUUAUCAAAUCGUUUGCACAGUUGGAAAAUAAUAUGGUUUCAGUCGAACGUAUUGACGAAUACUGUCGAUUGGAAAGUGAAUCCGAUUGGCAUCGAUGUGAUGAUGACUACCCGUUAGCCGAUAACUGGCCCGACAGGGGAUCAGUUAGGUUUGAGAGUUAUGCCACUAGAUAUGGGGUUGGAUUAGAUUUGGUACUCAAUGAUAUUGAUGUGGAUAUUAAACCGGGCGAAAAGAUAGGUAUUGUUGGCCGAACCGGUGCUGGAAAGUCAUCGCUAACUUUAGCCUUGUUUAGGCUCAUUGAACCAGCAAUGGGUCAGAUAGUUAUUGACGGUAUAGAUAUCGGACGGUUAGGAUUACACAAGUUGCGCUCUCGGCUAACAAUUAUACCUCAAGAACCCAUACUAUUUUCGGGUACAAUUCGCUUCAAUUUGGAUCCGUUUGACCAGUUUUCCGACGAUCACUUGUGGACAGUAUUAGAACAGUCGCAUCUCAAAGAGUUUGUUGCCGCCAGUGAUCGGGGACUCGACUGGACGGUCGCCGAAUCGGGCGAUAACAUGAGUGUUGGUCAACGACAGCUCAUAUGUCUGGCACGGGCUCUGUUACGUAACACUCGUAUCCUUAUCCUCGAUGAGGCCACGGCUGCCGUCGACGUCGAAACCGAUGCACUCAUACAGCAAACCAUACGUCAAGAGUUUAGGUCGUCGACUGUCUUAACGAUUGCCCACCGAAUCAACACAAUUAUGGACUCCGAUCGGGUGUUAGUCCUCGACAACGGACGGGUAGCCGAGUUUGCCGAACCCAACAGUUUAUUGGCAAACAAAUUGUCAAUUUUUUAUACACUGGCCAGUGAUGCCGGUAUUGUUUGA